AAUGAAGUCAUGGCAACACAUCGGAAACUUCCUACUGAUCAAGUAGACUUGAGAAAGCAGCAAGAGGCCGUGUGGGAACUUUUCGCGAGCGAAUGCACUUACUUCUUGGACCAUUUGUUAGUUCUUAAGAUGAUCUUUAUGAAUACACUAAAAUAUCUACAAACCUAUGAAUAUCUCCUGGAUGUGGAUUCAUGGCGCCUUUUUGCAAACCUGGAGGAGUUAAGUCAGACAAGCUAUGGUUUUGCGAGCAGUCUUUUUGCCAUCAUCAAGGACUACUUCGAUGCCUCUGAGACUUCACCACCCAUGGAUUUCAUUUCCGUGCUCGCGAAGCAUUUCCGAGGGAGCCUCUGUCAGAGCCACCAGACCUACUGCCUGAACUACUCCGCCGCUGUCUUUUACCUCGAGAGCCUGAAGCAGAGAGAGGACUUUGGAAUUUACUUAAAAUGGUGUGAGCAAAAUGAACAGUGCAGGCGGCUUCACCUGGCUGAGCUGCUGGUGGCCCCCCUGCACAGGCUGACCCGGUACCCCUUGCUGCUGAAGAAUAUCUGGAAAAGGAGUACAGACUCCACUGAGAAAAUCAUGAUCUACUCCAUCAAGGAAAAGGUGGAAAAGUCAAUCCGGGAUCUUGAAGGAAAAGUGAAGUGGCUUGACAAUUUUCAAAAAUUUAGACAUCUUCAGGAGAUUAUAGUGUGGCCUCCACUUUGGGAUAGAGAUAAAAGGUUUUUCAUUCCAGAGUGCCUGAAACACAUUUUUAAAGAGCACAUGGCAGAAAACAUCCUGUCACCAACCAACAGACACCUUCUCUAUGAGGGAAAAUUAACUCUUGCAGAAAGUACCAGAUUCCUAGAUGUUUAUCUGUUUCUCUUUGAUGAUUUCCUCUUAGUUACGAAAACUAAGCGCAACAAAAAGAAAGUUGGAGGCUUGGACACAGGUGUAAUGUGUCCUUCACUUACUCCUGAGCUGCAAACAGUAAUAAAAGAGGGUGGUUCGUGCAAGGUACUCGAUCAGCCCAUUCCACUGGAUAGAUUGGUAGUCAAAAGUAUUGAUCCACUCCACGUAUCAGUUUUUGGACUGAGAAAUGCCUUCCUUAUUCAACAUGAAAGCCGGUAUCGACAGUGCAUAGCAGCAUUCUUAUUGCAAGCCCAAACAGAAAACAUCAAAAAAACAUGGAUGGCACAAAUAACAGCAGCAAUCUCUUGCUUCACCAAGAGUCAGGAAACCAAGAAAAUAUCUUUAUUCAGAUCAUCCACAGAAUCCUCUGAAAUUUAGGGACCUAAAACUAAUUUUUUAGAAAUGAAGGAUAAAGGUCUUCUUUCAAACUUUUGUAACACUUAGUGAUGAGCUAGAAGAAAAUGUGUCUUUUAAAGGAGUUCCAGAAUUUGCGUGAAGAAAAUCCUCAGUACAGAGAAAUGAUGACUGCAACAAAUUUGAAUUCUGGGGAAUUUCUUGUCAAGUAUAUACUGAUAUCCAGACUACCUUAAAAUGCUUCGGUCAGACUUAUAAGAGGUGUGAGUGAAGUGUGAUGCUGUUAUAAUUUGUAAAGGGUGAGUGAUCAGUUGUUCACUGUUUGGAGUGGCAAGAGGAAAAUGUUUGUGUCCAAUAUGAAUUCUAGCAUCUUACUUUGUGUAUACCUAUAAUGAAACCAACCUCCCCACAUGGCUUAUAAAUCACAUACUGCUUUAUAGUCCUGCCUCACACAUAGAUCAUUCUUUUGACACAAAGUUUGAUUGCUCUUUUAAUAUAUUAAGUGAUAAAUAAGGUCCUCAUUUUAAAAGCAGUUUUUAAAUUCCAAUUCUCACAGUUCACUUAUCUCAGGUAUCUACACUAAUAAAAGAGAAACAUGCAAAUUGGUGUCCCUC